GUGGUUUUGUAAGGUUCGUCGUCGUUCUUACAUUAAAAACGGUUCAAUUUAUUAAUAUUAGAAAAAAAAUUAAAGAAAAAAAAAAACGAGCGACGGUUAAACGAAGUAACGUUUUCAGUUUUUCUUUGAGUUAUUAAAAGAAAAUCAAAAUAAAAUAUAAAAAAAAUAUUACAAUUUUAUUUAAAUUAAAAGAAAAUUUAAAGGAAAAAAUUCCUCAAUUAUUGUUAUUAAAUAAUCCAAAAAAAAUCUCUUAACAUACAUAUACACUUGCCUGAGUCCUGUAUAUACUACAUAAGGCUAAUGGUAAGUGCUCUGGUGUAACCCAAAUUCGUGUGGUUUUGUGCAAAAUGUAUUAAUGUUUAUUUUUGGGUGGUCUUGAUGUUUUACAACAGUUUUGUUUUAGUUUCCUUUUCUAAAAGAUAAUAAUGAUUUUAAUAUGGCUUUGCGCCAUUGAAUUUGCCAUUUUUACGCAAAAUUAAGCAUUUCCGGCUAAAACGUGUAUUUAAAAAAAAAACCUAAAGAAAAAGUGUGACAGGAAAAUAAGCAAGAAAAAAAGUGAAAAUAAAAUCUUUACAAAUAUUGCCAGGCCAAGGCAUAUAAAAGAAAAAAGAAAAGUUUAAGUUUAAGGAAAAGUAUAAAGUGUCAUUUGAAAAGUGUUUAAACUAAUGAUGUAUAAAAUUUUACACCUUAAUAAAAGCAAAAUCAUAAGAAAAAGUUUGGCUUUUGAAUAUUUAAGAAAAAAAAUUUAAACAACAUAUAUUUCCUAUAACAAAAUAAUAAAGAAAAAGUAAAAAAUAUACAAAAACAACAAUCUUAAAAUUAAAACCUUUGUUUAAACUUAAGCCUAACCAAAUAAAUAAAAAAAUCCAACAAAAACUCAGUUUUUAUGGCUUCAUAAAUAACUUCCAUAUAAAUUUCCAAAAAAAAAGGAGAAAGCAAACAAACCAUUACACUAGCACGUUUAAUAACAUAAAACAUAAAGAAAUAUAUUGAUAAUGUAUAGCAUACUUUAAGGCUAUUUAAAAAAAUUGUUUUAAGCACACUGCUACCGGUUUUAUGGCAAUUUCUUAUUGAUUCAUAUACUUAACUUAAAGUCAUAAAAUAUCAAGUGAAAUUUGUUUACGUUUUUUCCCAAAAAAAAAAGAAACAAAAAAUCCCAUAAAAAGUGUUGGUAUUUGUUUAUUAUAUUUUUUCUGUAUAAUUUUGCUGCCACGAACUUUACGUUUUUCGUUUUUAAUAUUGUUUAUCUUAAAAUACACUUAAAUAUCAACAUAAAAAUGUAAAAGUAUUAAAAAAAAACAAGAGCCGAAGUGUUAGAGUCUACAUAAUAUAUAAUCAAAUAACCAUACCCCCCUUAAAAUAAAUUAACCUGAUUACUUUUAUGGCAAACAACUGCCAGUUAGAAAAAAAGGAUAAAUGCUCAAAAAAAGUUAAAGCAAAAAAUCAAGGAAAAAAAACACUAACUAAAGUAAACAAAUUCAUGGGGAAAAAAAGUUACAAUUGCUAAAUGUUAAACACAAACGUGUUGUUAAUAAAGUUAAUUCCUAUUAAAUGGCUCAAACAAACUACAAGUGUUUUCAAGUUGUCAUCAGAAAAGUUUUUAAAUAAGAAUAAUAACAAGUAUUAUAUAAAUAAAAUAUUACAAAAAAAAAAAAACAAAGAAACGUCUUAAAUUAUGCAACAGCAAAGAAAAAAAAUGUUGUUUUGUUGCUGCAUAAAUAAACAGCAAUAAUAAAUAACAAUAUUUAAUGUGUUUUUCCUUAAGGCGUUAAAGCAAUAAAACAACUACAAAGGAAAUAUUAAAAAAAAAAACAUAUACAUAUACACAAAGGAAAACAAACGUUAAAUAAAAGCAACCAGUUGUGUGGAUACAAUUAAACCAAAAAAAAAAAAGAAAAUCAAACGAAUUGAAAAUGCCUUUUAAACAGUUUAUAGAGGAUUAAGGUGGUAAAAGAGUAUUUUCCCUUGUUUAUGUACGCGUGUGUGUUUUAAUGAUUGCAACUAUGAAAUUAAGAUUAAUAGUGCUAAAAAUUUCAACACAAUUUAGCAUGUUUUGUGCAUAUAACCACCAACAUAAUAACAACAACAGCAGCAGCAGCAGUUGAAAACUGCAGACAUACAAAUAAAUAACGCUUGAAAGUUUUACAUACUUUUAGGCAAAUUUGCUAACGUAGGCAUUAAUACAUCAAAACGAAUUUUUAAUGUUUCCUUUUUGUAAAUUCAGCUAAAAACAUUAAAGCACUUACUCUCUUUCACACUCAUACAUUCACAUUACAAAUACACACCAACACAUCUACAAAAUAUCAAGAUUAAACCUAUUCCUACCACUAAUAAUAAGAGAAACAAAUAAAAGGAAAAUAUAUCUAACAUUUUAAAUAAACUGAUAAAAAAUAAACAUUUUAAAGCAAAAUUUAAAAAAUUAAGAAAAAUAUAAAUUUUAAAUUUCGUUUGCAAAUAAAGUGUCAAAGCAAAAACCCGUCCUAACUUUCUACAUAGUUGGAAAUUAUUAUAUAUAAAUUAAUCCUUAACUAAAAAAAAAACACAACAUGGAGCCUUUUUAUCACUACAUCAGCAUUAGUCUACUAGUCACCAUACUACAUUUCUCCAAUACACAUGAGCAUACGGAUGGUUUUAAACCAGAUGGUGAAAUACUACGUGUGUUGGUUAAUAGUUCUGCUCAAAUUAAAUGUGAUGUUGGCUCAAGUUUACCAGAUGAUAAAGUACUUUUAGUUGUAUGGUAUAAAAAUAAUUUACCCAUAUAUAGGUGUUCACCACCACCCACCGUCACCUGGCUAAUGAAUGGACAAAUACAGAAUAGCGUUGUCGAUUACACGUACAUCGAUAGCAUUAGUACGAUAAAUAGCAAAUUAGUGGUACGAAAUUUGUCACGAAUACACCAGCAUGCGGUGUAUACGUGUCAGGCGAGCAAUUUUCACAAGAAAUAUGUUUCCACGAAUGUAACAAUUGAAUUGUAUUUGCGUCCUUUAUUAGUGGAAAUCUCAUUUAACAAUCAACCCAUGUCAGCAGAUCGUAAAUAUGAAAUUGAAUGUCAAGCUAUUGGCUCUAGACCGCCGGCUAAAAUUACCUGGUGGAUGGGUAAUGUAGAGUUAAAUGGUCAUAGUCAAAAGGUUUCAGAAGAUGGCAAUGUUAGCACCUCAGUACUGACAAUAACACCCACACGAGAGGAUCAUGGCAAGGCUUUGUCCUGUCGAGCCACUAAUGAACUAGUGAGAAAUGGUAUACGGGAAACAGCCAUGAAAUUGAAUGUAUUUUUUAUACCAACCUUACAAUUAGAUUUGGGUUCCAAUCUUAACCCCGAAGAUAUUGAAGAAGGUGAUGAUGUGUAUUUCGAGUGUAAAGUUCAUGCAAAUCCAGCAGCUUAUAAAGUUGUUUGGAAACAUAAUAAUCAAAUCAUUCAGCAUAAUCAACGUGCAGGUGUUAUUGUUAGUAGUGGUGAUUUAGCACUGCAGGGUGUAACACGCCACCAGGCGGGCAAUUAUACUUGUACAGCUUCAAAUGUGGAAGGUGAUGGUGACAGUAAUGUGGUUGAAUUGAAAGUGAUGUGUAAGUAGAGUUUUGUUUUAUUAUUAGUUUAAAAUUUGCAUAAAACAUUUAAAUUAAAUUAAGUUAUUUUAUAAGAAGAAAUUCAAUGUGUAUUUAUUGUUCACUGAGAGAACUAGCAAGCUAAGGGAAAUUCUUAAACAAAGAACUAUAUAUAUGUAUAUAUUUUUUUUUAAUUUCCGCUAAUGAACAUAAAUGUAAUUCAAAUGAGAAGGAGAAGUAGGAAAUUUUAACAAAAAAAAAUUUUAAAUAACCCAAUAAAAUUUGUUAUAGAAAAGAGUCAAAAUUCAUAAUUCAUAAUAUAACAGAGUUUCUUUCUGGAAAAAGUUUAUUUUUAAGAUUAAAUUAAAAGUUAAAUUUGCAAAAAUGUGAUAACACUUUUAUUAAAGUAUUUUAAUUCAAGGCACUUU